CAAAUUAUUUGCCCAAUUCUAUAAAAAUUUUUCAAAAUAUAUUAUAUUAGGCUUGAAAAUAAUGCCAAGUCAUAAAUGGAUAGGUCAUAGGUGAUGGAUAAGAAACACAUGGCAUUGCUACAGCUAAGCGGAUUUGAGGAGUAGAUCCGAACAGCAGACAAGAAGCAGAUAAAUCAAUUCGGAAGUUUGUUUAUACCAUAUUAUGUACUUGUAGAGUUAAAAUCAUGUUUUAUUUUGGAAAGUUAAAAUCAGUACUCCACAAGAAUCCACUAACCUUGUAUAUCCGAGAUUCACAUCAGUCGGCUUCACAGAUUGACAGAAUCAACAAGAUUUUAAUAGCAAACCGGGGAGAAAUAGCAUGCCGUGUAAUAAAAACUGCCAGGAGGCUCGGCGUAAGAACCGUGGCCAUUUACAGUGAGGCAGACAGAAAUUCCAUGCAUGUGGAGCAGGCUGACGAAGCUUACUGCAUUGGUCCAGCUCAGUCCAGCCAGAGUUACCUACGACAAGACAAAAUUAUAUCUGUGGUCAAACAGGCAAAGUGUCAGGCUGUGCAUCCAGGGUAUGGAUUUCUUUCAGAGAACACUGAAUUCGCAGAGCUGUGUCAGAAGGAGAAUAUUAUAUUUAUCGGUCCACCAGCCAGCGCCAUUAGAGAUAUGGGAAUUAAGAAUAUCUCGAAGGCUAUCAUGACAAAGGCUGGUGUUCCUAUCAUAGAAGGAUAUCAUGGAGAGGAUCAGACGAACGAAACGCUAUUAGCAGAAGCCAGGAAGAUUGGCUUUCCAUUGAUGAUCAAAGCCGUGCGUGGUGGUGGUGGAAAGGGUAUGAGAAUUGCUCACAUGGAAUCCGAUUUUAUUGAGGCGCUGGAAUCCGCGAGAACUGAAUCUGAGAAGGCGUUUGGUGAUUCAGCAGUGCUUCUGGAAAAAUACGUCGCCGAACCUAGACACGUGGAGGUGCAGAUUUUCGCUGAUAAACACGGAAACGCCAUUUAUCUGUUCGAAAGAGAUUGCUCUGUGCAGAGGAGACAUCAGAAAGUGAUCGAGGAAGCGCCUGCUCCUGGCAUUUCCCAGCAGCUUAGGCAGAAAUUAGGCGAAGCAGCUGUACGUGCCGCUAAAGCUGUAAGGUAUGUAGGUGCUGGAACGGUGGAGUUUAUAAUGGAUCGAAAUGAUCACAGUUUCCAUUUUAUGGAGAUGAAUACGCGUCUCCAAGUAGAGCAUCCCGUCACCGAGGCAAUUACCGGCUUGGAUCUAGUCGAGUGGCAACUGAGAGUUGCAAGCGGCGAAGAACUUCCGCUCAAACAAGAGCAGAUCAAUCUCAACGGUCACGCAUUCGAAGCGAGAAUUUAUGCUGAGAAUCCAAGGAACGGUUUCUUACCAGGAGCCGGUCGACUGUUGUAUUUAAAGUCUCCCGAACCAGCAGACAAUGUCAGAGUUGAAACAGGAGUGCGACAAAAUGACGAGGUGUCUGUACAUUAUGACCCAAUGAUAGCGAAAUUAGUAGUCUGGGGAAAAGACAGGUGCGAAGCUCUCAAUGUACUUAUAUCCAAACUCGGUGAAUAUAAUAUAGCUGGUUUGGACACGAAUAUAGAAUUUAUUAAAGAUCUUUGUGCACAUCCCAAAUUUCAAAAUGGUGAAGUACAUACGGGAUUUAUUGAGGAGAACUUUGAACAACUAUUCCCCAAAAUUCACUCAUCUAACAAAAUAUUAAUGCAAGGAACUCUCGCCUCGAUAUUGUAUGAAGAUAUAGAGUCAUUAAGCACGUCCUUGGAAACAAAGGAUCCUUUUACUCCGUUUGCAAUGGAAACUGGACUCAGAUUAAAUCACGUAUUAAACCGUACGUUUCUUUUUGACGUAGAAAAGAAGAGUAACACAGUGGAAGUAAAAUACACCGAGCCAGAUGUGUAUUUUAUGAGAGUUAACAAAUUAGGACAUUGGAGAAAAGUAACUGGAACCUUGAAGAAGACCAAGGAUGGUGCUUUAGAAUUGUACGCGGAAAUUGACGGAAUUGUUGCCAAAGCACGGACGGUGAAACUUAAUAAUAAGCUACACAUAUUCACGAAGGAUCGUGAAUGGCAAUUGAUUAUCCCCAUUCCCAAGUUUGUGUCCGCGAUUAUGAGCCAGGUAGAGCAAAAUCCAUAUCGAGCUUUAAGUCCGAUGCCUGGAUUAGUUGACAAGAUUUUUGUUAAUAAGGGGGAUGCAGUAAAGAAGGGUGAUUCAUUGCUCGUUAUUGUCGCUAUGAAAAUGGAGCAUAUUAUUAAGGCAUCUAUAGACGGAAUGGUUGAGGACGUGCUGUGCUGUACAGGUGAUAACGUUGCCAAAAAUAAACCUCUCGUGAAACUGACCGACUGCCGAACAUAAUAUAAUAUAUGUAAAAGGCUGCAGAACUUAGAAUUUUUUAAAAUGGUUUUUGUUAAGUUUAAAUAUAAAACAAAUUCUACAUUGUUAAA